AUGCCAGGCGUCAUCUCCCCUCUCAGCGCCAGCAGUGUGGGCGCAAUCGCAGGCAUGAAGAGAGCGCACGCUGCCGAAACAGUACCGACAUACGGAGAGCCGCACGCAAAGAAGCGCAAGGUCCUGCACAAGCUCCACCACACGCAGCCCGUCCAGCACAUCAUCGACCCCAUCAGCGCCGAAGAUGGCCUCGGCGACGCAAAGGACUUCUUCGACUCGCAAUUGCGCCGCGCCAUAGCGAUACAAUGCAGGAGCGUAGGCUUUGAAGGCGCGCGGCCAGACGCCCUGGAGGACUUUCGGGCAUUGGUUGAUUCCUACAUGACAAAGUUCCUGGCACAGGUGCGCAUGUCCAUGACCAGCGCCCGACGCACAGAAACCGUCCCCUACGACUGGAUCUUCGCCCUCACCAACGUCGGCCUCCGUGGUUCAGGCUCCCUCGAACCACAUUUCGACACGGGUGAGAUACCGCCAUCAUUAUUACAACCACAUUUUGAGCCCCCAGCUCCGCCAGAAGCGCCACCGCCCGACACCGACGCCCUCCUCGGCCCCGAGCUGUCCGGCAAAGCAGACAAAGAAACGCGCCCAUACAUACCAAAGCAUUUCCCACCAUUUCCAUCAAAACAUACCUACAAAGCAACACCCGUCUUCACCACUCGCGAAAAUGACCCGCGCAAGAUCCGAGAAAAGGCGACAGAAGAGGGUAUCCUGGCAGAGCAGAGUCUGCGCAAGCUCAUGGCGGCACAAAAGGCAGGCAUACAGAAGCAGAGCGUCGGGAAGCGGAAGCGGAGCAAGCGCAUGAAAGAGAGCGACAAGCUCUGGCAGGAAGCCAUGACAGAUCUCCUGCAAGACGAGAAAGAGCGCGAGAAAGACGAGGAGCGACGACGCGCCCGAGAAGCAGAAGACGACGACGAUGACUGGAAUACGUCUAUGGAGUCGCGGUUACGGCAGCCCACUAUGGACCGUAUUGUCAAUCUGGAAGAGGGCGUUCAUGUCAAUUACGAGCAGCGGUUUUGGAAGAAGUCUGCGCGCGGUGCUUAA